AUGAGAUACUUUGAGAGCGAGGCUGCCAAUAAUCUUUGUGGACGAGAUGCCAAUUCGCCUUCUCCGGGAUCAAAGGGUGGUAGACCCAAGGGAACAAAGCUUUCAAAGGUCCAGGAGGUCAUUGAACGCCGCCAAGCUUCCCGCGAGGCCUAUCGGAAGCAGGCAGAAGCUCAAAAUGAGGAAAGACGAAAGGAAGUGGCAAAACGGAUCGACACUCUAGCCACUCAAAUUCAAGAAAGUACCGCUAGCCUGCAGGCAAUGUGCGAAACAAUGAUGUCCCAAAAUAAAUUGAAGACCUGCCGUAGCUUGAUGAAAGUCGCGCCACCUUCCAAGAAGCCGAAGCUCCAGGCUUUGAUCAAUGAAGAGAGUCAAAAGAUGCUUGAAGGGUCUGGUCUUUCUUUGGAUGAUGUUGCAGUGCUCUAA